AUGGCUCUAAACCAUACUGUUGACCCAAUUAUAGUCGGUGCAAGUGUUAUUGCUAUCAAAUACGCCGAUGGGAUCCUGAUGUGCACUGAUACACUUGCUUCUUUUGGCUCUAUGGCUCGUUACAAGAAUAUUCCAAGGAUGGCCGCGAUUGGAAAUUCCACUUUGAUUGGUGCAAGCGGCGAAUACUCCGAUUUUCAAGAAAUCAUAAGGCUGCUCAGAGAAAAGGAACAAGAAGACUUCAUCCAGCACGACAACAUCAGUCUCAGCGCAGCUCACUAUGCGUCUUAUCUUAGUUCCAUUCUCUAUGGGAAGCGAAAUAAAGGAAACCCUCUCUACAACUCAGUAGCCAUAGCAGGAAUUAUCAAUGGUCAACAAUACUUACUCCUCCUCCUCUGUGAUCACAUAACUUUUAUAGUUAUUUUUUUCAAAAUUUAAAUAAUACCAAUUCGAAAUAAUUUGAAAGCAAAUAUUAAUUUGUAAAAUAUAUGUCUUAAAAGCAAGCUGUUUAAAUCAAAUAGAAUUAGCUAGAGAUUUCAUUAUACUAAUUAUUACUUAUAUAUCUAUUUUUUCAUAAAAAUUUUUUUGUUCGCUAUAGGAAGGUGGGUUUUUAUCAAAAAAAUAGGGAUUUUUUCAAUGGUUUUUUUUUCGCUCACAGAGGGGAGUUAGCUUAUUUAGAUUUAUACGGCACCCAUGUACUAGCUGAUUACGUUACCACUGGAUUUGCAGCACAUCUUUGUAAGCCUCUUUUGGGAAAUGACUGGAGACCUGAUCUCACCGAGUCUGAAGCCAAACAAUUAGUAGAAGGCUGCAUGAGAACUCUUUGGUACAGAGACGCAAGAGCAAGCAACAGGAUCCAAUUUGCCAAAGUUACAAGAGAAGGGAUUACUUUCGAAGAUCCUUAUGUCCUGCAGAGUGAAUGGGGCUACGACAGCUAUAAAACCUACUCACUUAAUCCACUUUACGCAUAA